GGAACACAGAAUCCGAAUUCGAAAAAAAUGAUUAAGAGACACAGACUCUCAUCCAUCUGGUUAAAAGACACAGACCCUCAUUCAUCUAUGCCAAUGUAAUUGGUAAUUUUAAAUGAAAUUUUGAUCCGUAAUAAAUUAAUCAUUCACGUGCCUAAUUGAAAUACAGUAAAAAAAAAAAAACAAGUAUCGCAUAUUUUUUUGGUGACUUGAUGGUAAGUAUAUUGACACAUAUAUUACAGUACAUAAGAUUAUUGAAACUCGAAAAAACGAAAGGGAAAUGCCACCCGAUAGUAAAAAAAGACACGUGUCAUACGUAUAGCAGUGGUGGCGUAGAAAGCGCUUGCAUCUUCCACCACGUAUAAUGGCCAGAGCCACCGUAACCGCUUUAUGAUUCUCAAUCAAAAACGAAACACAUCCAUCAAUGAUAACGCUUUCAUUGCUCUUUCUUGUGCCACACUACUCAUCAUUUAUUCAACCUCAAAUUUCCAUAACUGAAUCUCAACAAGAACCACCACGUCAAAAUCAAUAAUAUCAUGGGUGCAGAAACUUUUCUUGAAAUCGUAUUGGCCAUUUUUAUACCUCCUGUUGGUGUUUUUCUUCGUUAUGGCUGCGGAGUUGAAUUCUGGAUAGAUCUGGUGCUUACGUUACUUGGAUACUUACCAGGGAUUAUAUAUGCCAUUUAUGUAUUAGUUGUAUGAUAUUAAUAGUUAGACACUUCUUUAUAUGUAUAUUUCUUAAUUAAUUUAUUUAUUUCUUUUUUUUUCUCUCUCU